AUGGAGGAUCCCGUUGCAGAAUCACAUGUCCAGAAGGGCAUCAUCCCCGACGCGAAGCCCGUUGAUGAGGCGCCGCGUAGGGCUGAUGGUGUUUCGCAGCUUUAUGAGGGAAAUGUCUUUGAAGCUACACCUGAAGAUCGUCGCCAGAUUGGUGUGGUCAGCGCGUCGUUUCUGAUUUUCAACCGUGUUAUUGGCACGGGUGUUUUUGCAACGCCGAGUACUAUCCUGGAGUUGUCGGGGAGUGUUGGGUUGUCGUUGAUUAUGUGGGUUGUUGGGACGUUGAUUGCCAUGGCUGGAACGGCGGUUUAUUUGGAGUGGGGGACUGCUAUUCCCAAGAACGGUGGUGAAAAGAAUUACCUCGAAUACGUCUUCAAGAAGCCCAAGUUCCUCGCUACCGCCAUGUACGCCGCCUACACCGUCUUGCUGGGCUGGGCUGCCAGCAACAGUGUCGUCUUUGGCGAAUACAUCCUCAACGCCGCCGAUGUCGAGGUUGGUCGCUGGAACCAGCGCGGUAUCGGUUUGGCCUGUCUCACCACUGCAUUCCUCGUCCAUUCGUUCGCGGUGAAAUGGGGUCUUCGACUGCAGAACCUGCUCGGUGUCGUUAAGCUGGUUAUCAUCCUAUUCGUCAUUGUCGCUGGUUGGGUGGCGCUGGCUGGACACAUGCAUAUCGAGGACCCGCCGCAUAACUUCCGGAAUGCGUUCGAGGGCACGACGAGUAGUGGAUAUGGUAUUGUGAUGGCGCUGUACAACGUUAUCUGGUCGUUUAUUGGGUAUUCGAACGCGAACUAUGCGUUGAGUGAAACCAAGAACCCGGUCCGGACGUUGAAGAUCGCAGCCCCGAUGGCUAUUGGAUCUGUCGGGAUCUUCUACAUGCUCUGCAACAUCGCGUAUUUCGCUGCCGUGCCCAAGGAGCAGUUCUUGUCGUCGGGGCAGACUGUCGCGGCAGCUUUCUUUGGAAAUAUGUUCGGUGCUCGCGCUGAGAAGGUCAUGUCUGUGUUCGUCGCACUGUCGGCGUUUGGCAAUGUGCUUUCAGUUAUUUUCUCUCAAGGUCGGAUUGUCCAAGAAUUGGGUCGUGAGGGCGUUCUGCCCUUUUCGAAGAUCUGGGCUAGCAACCGGCCUUUCAACUCGCCUGCUGCCGGUCUCUUCGAGCACUGGGUUGUGUCGCUUAUUAUCUUGUUGGCGCCUCCGCCAGGUGAUGCGUACAACUUCUUGGUCAACCUCAUCUCCUACCCCCUCUCCAUCGUCAACGUCUUCGUCUCCGCCGGCCUCAUCUGGAUCUACCUCACCCGCGAAACGCGCUUCCCCAACUGGAACCCCGGCAUCCGCGCCACUCUCCCCGUCACCAUCUUCUUCUUUCUCUCCCAAUGCUACCUCGUCGUCGCACCCUACGUGCCCCCCUCCGCCGGUCAGAGUGUCUACAACGAGCUCCCCUACUACCUGCACUGCGUGGUCGCGAUCGGUAUUUUUGCAUUCGGCGCGCUGUACUAUAUGGUGUGGGCGGUGCUGAUGCCCAAGUUCGGGAAGUACAUGUUGGUCAAGGAGACUGUGGUGGAUGCUGAUGGCUGGUCCAGAAGUGUUUUCACGCGGUUGCCGUUGGCGCAGGCGGGCUCUUCUGCUUCUUCAUGA